GGCUGUGGCCUUGGAGCCGGAGCCUUGUCCACUCCGACGUUUCUAAUCUCUACCAGUGGCCCUUCACCGACGAAUUCAGGUGGGACUGGGCCGGCACCCCCAAGUUCUAUCGGUUAUGCCUCCAGUAACGUCAGCGGUACCUCAUCUCCCCGUAUGUCUUUGCACACUCGUGAGGCGACUUCUUCUACACUUCCAUACGGAGUUUUGGCACCCUUUCGCCGUUCUCUUCAUAAUGACGCUAGGUCACCUUCUUUACGCUUGGUUGGAGAUACGGCGAAUUCUGGUUUGCCUACGUUAGGUCAAUACCAAAAACAACAGCAUCAGCGAAACCGGUACCAAAAUUACAGGAAACACAAUUUGCCCGUGGCCGCUUGUAUUGUCAGCCCGAUUUCACGACAUAUCCUCGAGCUAGAGGAGCGGCGCAUAGCCACUCGCUUCAUUUGGCUCAAGGUUAGUCUGAUUGAAUUUGUUGUAACAGGCCUAUAG